UGGCGGUUUUCCGGGCACCCACCCAGCUCCGACAGGGGAAAUGCUUUUCUGACUGUAACAGCCCAAAAUCUUCGUCUUCAUCUUCCUCACGAGGAACCUUGAAAAGACCAGAAAGAAAACAAACUGUUGUGUGGAUUUAUGAAGCACUUUUCAGUAAGCUAUUUAUGCAGUAUGGUUGCUUAAUUUAGGUAUAGAGGAAGGUGAUAGAGGAAGAGAUGGAUCGGACUUUCUUGUUGAUGCUAUCAAAUCUCCUCCACCUCCAUAACUCACUCGACCCUACAAGCUCUUUUCUCUCCCCUUCUUCCACUUCUCCUUCUUCAUCUUCUUCUUCCUCCUCCUUUCCUUCUUCUUCACCUUCUUCGAUCCUCUCCUCCUCCGCCGCAGCUCCUAUUUUGUUCUUCACCCUCGCUUCUGUCCUCUCCUUUUUGGCUUCCUCCAAAGCAUCGACUUCUUCUUCUCCUUCGUUACGCUCCAAUUCCUCCAAUUCCCCUUCUCCUUCCCCUCCUUCAUCGGACUACUCUGUCUCCGCCUUCCGAGCGCUUUCCACCGACCAUAUCUGGUCAAUCGAUGCUCCUCUCCGGGACGCUCAGUGGCGGUCCUUGUACGGCCUCUCCCACCCGGUUUUCACCACCGUCGUCGAUAAGCUCAAGCCCUUCAUUGCUGCUUCCAAUUUGUCUCUCCCCUCAGACUAUGCUGUCGCCAUGGUCCUCUCCCGCCUUUCUCAUGGCUUCUCUGCCAAAACCCUGGCUUCCCGCUACUCACUCGACCCUUACCUCAUUUCCAAGAUCACCAACAUGGUCACCCGCCUCCUCGCCACGAAGCUCUACCGUGAAUUCAUAAAGAUUCCUGUCGGCAGGCGCAGAUUGAUUGAAACCACGCAGGGUUUCGAGGAGCUGACGUCGCUUCCCAACGUGUGUGGCGCCAUUGAUGGAAGCCCGAUUAAGAUCCGCGGCUUGAAUCUGGAGAGAACAGGGAACAAACUCUACAAAUGCCGAUAUGGUUAUGACUCGGUUUUACUCCAGGUCGUCGCCGACCACAAGAAGAUCUUCUGGGAUGUGUGCGUAAAGGCUCCCGGCGGGGCCGACGACGCCGCCCAUUUCAGGGAUAGUUUGCUGUAUAACAGGCUUACAUCCGGCGACAUUGUAUGGGAUAAGAUGAUCAAUGUGAGAGGUCACCAUGUGAGGCCGUACGUAGUUGGGGACUGGUGUUAUCCUCUGCUAUCCUUCCUGAUGACACCAUUUUCGCCCAAUGGGACCGGGUCCCCUGCACAGAACCUGUUCGACGGAAUGCUGAUGAAAGGCAGGUCUGUAGUUGUAGAUGCGAUUGGCUUGCUCAAAGCAAGGUGGAAGAUUCUUCAGAGCUUGAACGUGGGUCUUAACCAUGCGCCGCAGACAAUCGUCGCUUGCUGCGUCUUGCAUAAUUUGUGCCAAAUUGCUCGUGAGCCAGAACCGGAGCUGUGGAAGGAUCCAGACGAGGGUGGGCCGCUGCCCAGAGUACUCGAGAGCGAGAAGCAGUUUUACUAUUAUGGUGAAAGCUUGAGACAGGCAUUGGCUGAUGAUCUGCACCAAAGGCUUUCAGCCAGAUAAAACUGGUACCUUAGAAAAAGAUGGUCAAUUACUGGAUUUCCUUGUGAGGCUAUAAGCUUUUCUGGUAACUCUUGAUCUUGAUCUGAGCAAUAAGAAUAUGAUUUGAGAGGCUUCUUACUCAUAUUCUAAUUUCACCUUUUAUAGUAAGAAUUAAAAGUAGAUUCAGCGGAAGUAAAUUUCACGUGUAGUGUAUUUCUUGUACUUGACUGGGAAAGAAUCAAACUUGCUGACCUUAUUUUGUUUUGAA